AAUGAUGACGGCAUUUACCCCCAGUCCCCUCGUUUGUCUGUAUCGCAGAUUUCAAAGAAAUUGUUAGGUGUAAGCAAUACGACCUAAACCCAGAUAGCGGUUUCAUGGAGCUGCUGAGACCAACACAAUUAUUUUAGAUCUACUAGACUUCAGGGGAUUGAUUUAGUCGCUGUAAGCUACUGUAAUGUGCAACUAGCAGAGCUAGCUAGCUAAACAGUGAAGAAGAUGGCGACGCUAAACAGUAUGAAGAGCAUGUAUGGGAUCUGUUCUCAUGUAAUCCGCCAAACGACUGGAUUGAGAGCAGCAAAACUCAUUCAGCAGAGGGCGUUCAGAGUCAAUGGAGCCCUCAGGCAGCAGCCGUUUGACUCCUCGGAAGAGAAGCCCCAGUUCCCAGGAGCAUCGGCAGAGUUUAUUGAUCACCUGGAGUUCAUCCAACCUAACGUGAUCUCUGGGAUCCCCGUCUACAGGGUCAUGGACCGGGCCGGGAAGAUCAUUAACCCCUCGGAGGACCCACAGCUCUCCAAGGAACAAGUGUUGAACUUCUACCAGAAGAUGACCCUUCUGAACACCAUGGACCGUAUCCUGUAUGAGUCUCAGAGACAGGGUCGUAUAUCCUUCUACAUGACUAACUAUGGAGAGGAGGGAACACACAUCGGCAGCGCUGCAGCUCUCGACCCAAGGGACUUGGUCUUCGGCCAGUACAGGGAAGCAGGCGUGCUGAUGUACCGUGGUUUCCCCCUGGAUCUGUUCAUGGCUCAGUGCUAUGCCAACGUUGACGACCUGGGCAAGGGACGCCAGAUGCCCGUUCACUACGGAAGCAAAGACCUCAAUUUCGUCACCAUCUCCUCUCCUCUGGCCACUCAGAUCCCACAAGCGGCAGGGGCAGCGUACGCAGCGAAGAGAGAGAACACCAACCGUGCUGUGAUCUGUUACUUCGGAGAGGGCGCGGCCAGCGAGGGCGACGCCCACGCCGGGUUCAACUUCUCUGCGACCCUGGAGUGCCCGCUCAUCUUCUUCUGCCGUAACAACGGCUACGCCAUCUCCACGCCGACCAACGAGCAGUACCGGGGGGACGGCAUCGCUGCACGCGGUCCAGGCUACGGUAUGAUGUCUAUCAGAGUGGAUGGUAACGAUGUGUUCGCUGUGUACAACGCUACCAAGGAGGCUCGCCGUAGGGCUGUGGCCGAGAACCAGCCCUUCCUCAUCGAGGCCAUGACCUACAGGAUUGGUCACCACAGCACCAGCGACGACAGCUCGGCCUACCGCUCCGUAGAUGAGGUGAACUACUGGGACAAACAGGACCACCCCAUCUCUCGGCUGCGCCACUACAUGACGGCCCGCUCCUGGUGGUCCGAGGAGGACGAGAGGAGCUGGAGGAAACAGAGCCGUAAGAUGGUGAUGGAGGCGUUUGAGAAGGCCGAGAAGAGACACAAGCCCCACCCUGACUUGAUGUUCUCUGACGUGUAUGAAGAGAUGACCCCUAACCUGGUCAAGCAGAAGGAGGCCAUGUGGAGACAUGUCCAGCAGUACAAAGAGCAUUAUCCCCUGGAUGCCUACGCCAAGUAAACACUACCACAGGAGUACGCUACAAAAAGCAGGAUCAAUGAGUUAGCCGGCUAAUUUUUGAUUAAGCAACCACAAAUUAAAAAAUAUAUAUAUUUUCUGGUUCAUUUAAAAAGCUAAACGUUUUGUUUGUUGAAUCAAUUAGACCAUGCCCAAGUUUAUCUGUCUAAAAAUAUAAUAUUUAGGCUAGUUCGCUGGCUAACUCGUUGGUCCUGCUGAUAGUAUAUCCUUCAGGUUCUGACAGAGUACCACCUGGCACCCUCCUCGAGAUGGCACCCUAUUCCCUACUCUAGAUGGCACCCUAUUCCCUACUCUAGAUGGCACCCUAUUCCCUACUCUAGAUGGCACCCUCCUCUAGAUGGCACCCUAUUCCCUACUCUAGAUGGCACCCUAUUCCCUACUCUAGAUGGCACCCUAUUCCCUACUCUAGAUGGCACCCUCCUCUAGAUGGCACCCUAUUCCCUACUCUAGAUGGCACCCUAUUCCCUACUCUAGAUGGCAUCCGCCUCUAGAUGGCACUCUACUCCCUACUCUAGAUGGCACUCUACUCCCUACUCUAGAUGGCACCCUACUCCCUACUCUAGAUGGCACCCUACUCCCUACUCUAGAUGGCACCCUAUUCCCUACUCUAGAUGGCACCCUAUUCCCUACUCUAGAUGGCACCCUAUUCCCUACUCUAGAUGGCACCCUAUUCCCUACUCUAGAUGGCACCCUAUUCCCUACUCUAGAUGGCACCCUAUUCCCUACUCUAGAUGGCACCCUAUUCCCUACUCUAGAUGGCACCCUAUUCCCUACUCUAGAUGGCACCCUAUUCCCUACUCUAGAUGGCAUCCUAUUCCCUACUCUAGAUGGCACCCUACUCCCUACGCUAGAUGGCACCCUAUUCCCUACUCUAGAUGGCACCCUAUUCCCUACUCUAGAUGGCACCCUAUUCCCUACUCUAGAUGGCACCCUAUUCCCUACUCUAGAUGGCAUCCGCCUCUAGAUGGCACUCUACUCCCUACUCUAGAUGGCACCCUAUUCCCUACUCUAGAUGGCACCCUAUUCCCUACUCUAGAUGGCAUCCUAUUCCCUACUCUAGAUGGCACUCUACUCCCUACUCUAGAUGGCACUCUACUCCCUACUCUAGAUGGCACCCUAUUCCCUACGCUAGAUGGCACCCUAUUCCCUACUCUAGAUGGCACCCUAUUCCCUACUCUAGAUGGCACCCUAUUCCCUACUCUAGAUGGCACCCUAUUCCCUACUCUAGAUGGCACCCUACUCCCUACUCUAGAUGGCACCCUAUUCCCUACUCUAGAUGGCAUCCGCCUCUCGAUGGCACUCUACUCCCUACUCUAGAUGGCACUCUACUCCCUACUCUAGAUGGCACCCUACUCUAGAUGGCCCCCUACUCCCUACUCUAGAUGGCACUCUACUCCCUACUCUAGAUGGCACCCUAUUCCCUACUCUAGAUGGCACCCUAUUCCCUACUCUAGAUGGCACCCUAUUCCCUACUCUAGAUGGCACCCUAUUCCCUACUCUAGAUGGCAUCCGCCUCUAGAUGGCACUCUACUCCCUACUCUAGAUGGCACCCUAUUCCCUACUCUAGAUGGCACCCUAUUCCCUACUCUAGAUGGCACCCUAUUCCCUACUCUAGAUGGCACCCUAUUCCCUACUCUAGAUGGCACCCUAUUCCCUACUCUAGAUGGCACCCUCCUCUAGAUGGCACCCUAUUCCCUACUCUAGAUGGCACCCUAUUCCCUACUCUAGAUGGCACCCUAUUCCCUACUCUAGAUGGCACCCUCCUCUAGAUGGCACCCUAUUCCCUACUCUAGAUGGCACCCUAUUCCCUACUCUAGAUGGCAUCCGCCUCUAGAUGGCACUCUACUCCCUACUCUAGAUGGCACUCUACUCCCUACUCUAGAUGGCACCCUACUCCCUACUCUAGAUGGCACCCUACUCCCUACUCUAGAUGGCACCCUAUUCCCUACUCUAGAUGGCACCCUAUUCCCUACUCUAGAUGGCACCCUAAUCUAGAUGGCACCCUAUUCCCUACUCUAGAUGGCACCCUAUUCCCUACUCUAGAUGGCACCCUAUUCCCUACUCUAGAUGGCACCCUAUUCCCUACUCUAGAUGGCACCCUAUUCCCUACUCUAGAUGGCACCCUAUUCCCUACUCUAGAUGGCAUCCUAUUCCCUACUCUAGAUGGCACCCUACUCCCUACGCUAGAUGGCACCCUAUUCCCUACUCUAGAUGGCACCCUAUUCCCUACUCUAGAUGGCACCCUAUUCCCUACUCUAGAUGGCACCCUAUUCCCUACUCUAGAUGGCAUCCGCCUCUAGAUGGCACUCUACUCCCUACUCUAGAUGGCACCCUAUUCCCUACUCUAGAUGGCACCCUAUUCCCUACUCUAGAUGGCAUCCUAUUCCCUACUCUAGAUGGCACUCUACUCCCUACUCUAGAUGGCACUCUACUCCCUACUCUAGAUGGCACCCUAUUCCCUACGCUAGAUGGCACCCUAUUCCCUACUCUAGAUGGCACCCUAUUCCCUACUCUAGAUGGCACCCUAUUCCCUACUCUAGAUGGCACCCUAUUCCCUACUCUAGAUGGCACCCUACUCCCUACUCUAGAUGGCACCCUAUUCCCUACUCUAGAUGGCAUCCGCCUCUCGAUGGCACUCUACUCCCUACUCUAGAUGGCACUCUACUCCCUACUCUAGAUGGCACCCUACUCUAGAUGGCCCCCUACUCCCUACUCUAGAUGGCACUCUACUCCCUACUCUAGAUGGCACCCUAUUCCCUACUCUAGAUGGCACCCUAUUCCCUACUCUAGAUGGCACCCUAUUCCCUACUCUAGAUGGCACCCUAUUCCCUACUCUUGAUGGCACCCUAUUCCCUACUCUAGAUGGCAUCCGCCUCUAGAUGGCACUCUACUCCCUACUCUAGAUGGCACCCUAUUCCCUACUCUAGAUGGCACCCUAUUCCCUACUCUAGAUGGCAUCCUAUUCCCUACUCUAGAUGGCACUCUACUCCCUACUCUAGAUGGCACUCUACUCCCUACUCUAGAUGGCACCCUAUUCCCUACGCUAGAUGGCACCCUAUUCCCUACUCUAGAUGGCACCCUAUUCCCUACUCUAGAUGGCACCCUAUUCCCUACUCUAGAUGGCACCCUAUUCCCUACUCUAGAUGGCACCCUAUUCCCUACUCUAGAUGGCACCCUACUCCCUACUCUAGUUGCCACCCUAUUCCCUACUCUAGAUGGCAUCCUCCUCUAGAUGGCACCCUAUUCCCUACUCUAGACAGAAGUAGUGCACUAUAUAUGGAAUAGGGUGCUAUUUGGUGUACACUCAGUCUGCAGGAAAACACUGUACAGCGUUGCAGGUAGAAAUGUCACAAAUAGAACUGACAUGAUUCGUUUUGCUUCAUGUCAGAGGCAUGUUUGUUCUAUACAAAAUAUUUCUAUCUGAACGUUCCACAACAUUGUGCCAUGUUGAAUGUGGCCUAGGCUGGAGCAGGCAGGGUGUGGAGGCGAGGAGAGGCUGAUGGUUUAGAUGGGACUGUUGUUGCACACUUUGUAUUCUACUGUUCUGCAUAGAGUUAUAGUUCUGGUAUUCUGACCAGGCUAGAAUUCUUUUCUGGUAUUCUGACCAGGCUGGAAUUCUUUUCUGGUAUUCUGACCAGGCUGGAAUUCUUUUCUGGUAUUCUGACCAGGCUGGAAUUCUUUUCUGGUAUUCUGACCAGGCUGGAAUUCUUUUCUGGUAUUCUGACCAGGCUAGAAUUCUUUUCUGGUAUUCUGACCAGGCUGGAAUUCUUUUCUGGUAUUCUGACCAGGCUGGAAUUCUUUUCUGGUAUUCUGACCAGGCUAGAAUUCUUUUCUGGUAUUCUGACCAGGCUGGAAUUCUUUUCUGGUAUUCUGACCAGGCUAGAAUUCUUUUCUUUCUGCCCAGUAGUGGGAGGGAGUGGCUAAUGUUGAGGAUGGUUUUGUUCUAAUCGACCACUUUGGGCCUCCUAGUUUUUUUUGUGUGCUUUGAAUGAAUGAGAGUCUGACCCAGUCAGUCCUGUGUUUUUGUUGUUGUUGUUGUUAACCCCUCCUCGGCGACACCCAGCUUUUACCAGUGUAUUUAAACUAUUUCAGAGCGAACACACGACUAACAGAAGCCGUGAGCUAGUUCAGGGUUAAAACAAAAUGGUAACCAUCUGUGAGUUCCAGGGGAGAGGUUUGAGUUUGUCGGUUGAUUCUUGUAGGCAGACCGUAUUUUAAACAAAACACCUGUGUUAAAACAGGAUUUUCCUGCUGGCUCAACAAAUGAGUAGUUGAAUGGUCUUCAUUAGUCAUUUAUCAGUGCAUGAGUCUACCCAAUGAGCAAAAGGCAUAUGAAACCAGUUCUCUCACUGGUUAUUCAUACCGGAGUGAUGCAGACUGGGGGAAAUAAGACUGAACAUGACUUAACAAUGUACCCAUACCAGUGGUGUUGUCGUGCAUAUCUAGAACCCUGUGCCUAGUUCCUCCUUUACAGAGAAAGUUUCAGGCAAUACUGUAGACUCCCACUCAUUUCGUAUGCAUAGUUUUCUAGCUGUUUGGUAUCGGGGGGGGGUCUAUGGCUGAGGUGUUUUUGAGUUUAAUAAAGUUUGACUAUACUCCAAAAAAAUGUGUCCAGGUUACUGAGUAAACAUCUAGAAAGCAGCUGACUGAUCAGUUGGGGACAGAUGGCACACAAAGCCGCUUGGAACUGUUGUUGAGACGAGCAGUUUGAGAAUACUUGUUGGUGUUGUAUAAUAUACACCAUAGUGCAAAACCAACCAUGACCCUCCAUCUGGCAUCGUUAUUUAAUUUGAAACUUUCUUGUGAAUUUUAACCACCCUUUUUCCUCCCCAAUUGGUAGUUUACGAUCCUGUUUUUUUUUUUUAAAUCGCUGCGAUGUUCAUACACAUUUUUCAUAUGAGAAUAGUACAGUCUGGACCUACAAGUCCACAGCUAACAGUCCAACUCACAUCCAUCCCACUGUUAUCAAAUUAGAUUUUCAGAGCUGAUCUCAUACGUACAUGCUCUGUUGCUUAACACAGUGCUCAGUUCAUUACAUUCUCGUUAAAUAAUCGCCUCCCCAUAACACACACAACGAAAAGUUUCAAAUUAAAUGACUGCAAGAUUCUUUUUUUUCACACUCAAGUCAGAUUUCCAAGACCACUGGAAAAACAUUUUGGGGGGGGGACAGUCAUUUCACUUCAAAAAAAUAAAUAAUUGUCGAUCACUGA